CUCCAGGCUCGUGCCCAGCUGCGGCUCGCAGGGCUCUUCCCCUCGGCAUACUGGUGCGGGCAGGCGCUGGUGGACGUCCCGCUUUUCUGGACCCUGGUGUGCCUCAUGUUCGGGGUCGUGCUACUCUUCAACCGCAUCUGCCCCUUGCAGGCCAGCACUGUGCUGUCCCUGAUCAUUUGCGUCAUUGGUUAUGGAGUAUCUCUUGUCCUCCUCGUCUAUUUAAUUGCCUUUAAAUUUCGCACGGGACGAAGCAAUCGUUACAUUUGGUCUUUCAUCUUCAUUAUGGUGAAUGUCACUCUCUAUAGGCUCAGUGACCUACACGAAGCACUUUACUUAACCUUCACUACUUUGAUUCCUGUGUUUCCACUGCUGGGCUGGUUGAUCAUCUCUAGACCACAUUUCACAUGGUUUUACAAUAUUUAUCUUCCUGAAUCAUGGAAUCACAUCUUCAUAGCUGUCUUUGCAGAAUCGGUUAUCAUUGUCAACAGUUUGCGCAAGGAAUAUGAAGACAAGAAAGCCAGUUCCAUCUUUAAGAAAAAGAAGAAAGUUGCUGUCAAAAACCUCUCUUUUAAUGUUAAAAAAGGGGAAGUAUUAGGUCUGUUAGGACCCAACGGAGCUGGAAAAAGUACAACUAUAAACAUGAUUUCUGGAGACAUAACGGUGACUGCCGGGGAGGUGCUGCUCACGGGCCGCGAUGCAGCUGCCUCCUCCCCAGGGCAGCGCAGCCUGGGCUGCUGCCCGCAGCAGGACCCGCUCUGGCCGGACCUCACGCUGCACCAGCAUCUGGAGGUGUACGCUGCCGUGAGGGGGAUGAGGAAAGAAGAUGCGGCUGUUAUCAUCAACCGCAUGGCAAAGGCCUUGGACCUCCAGAAGCAUUUAAAAACCCCAGCUAGGAGGUUGUCUGCUGGAGAAGCCAGAAAGCUGUGUUUUGCGCUGAGCGUCCUGGGAGAUCCGAGGGUGAUGCUUUGGGAUGAGCCGUCACUGGGCAUGGACCUGAAAGGGCAGCGCCGUAUGUGGAAAGUGAUUCAGACUGCCAUGAAAGGCAAGGAGCGGGCAGCCGUCCUCAGCACGCAGUACCUGGAGGAGGCAGCGGCGAUGUGCGACCGGGUGGCCAUCCUGGUGUCGGGGCAGCUACGGUACAUCGGUUCCCUUGAGGAUCUGAAAAGUAAGUUUGGCAUGAGUUACCACCUAGAAGUCAAAAUGAUGGACACUGGGCAAAGCGAUGCUCUCCACGCCGAAAUUCUGCGCCUCUUCCCGCACGCGGCUCGGCAAGAAAGGACUACUUCUUUGGUUAUCUACAAAAUACCAAUGGAAGAUGCACUACCUCUGUCCCAGUCUUUCUCCAAGCUAGAAGCAGCUAAACAGAAUUUCAGGCUUGAGGAGUACAGCUUGUCAUUGCACACUUUGCAACAGGUGUUUGUAGACCUCACCCGGGACCCGGAGGAGCACGACCUGGAUGCGGCAUCUGACGGGGCUGUGGAGCGGAGACCGCUUCACCCCUGA